AUGUCAUUCAGGGGUACCGUUCUGGUUCUCGGGGCCGGUCUUCGGGUUGGUCACUCAACUGCCGCACUCUUCGCGCAGCAUGGCUACAGGGUUGCUCUUGUCGCACGAAGCCUGGCCGAAGACUUAGCGGACUUGGACAGGAUUCCCUCCAUCUUCCUGGCUGUAGAGCAAGCCCUCGGUCCGCCCAAUGUCGUGGUCUUCAAUGGUGGGCCAUGA